AUGCAACAAGACAGCAAUAAUCAGACAGCCGUUGUAGAUGGAACCCGUCAACAAAAAGACCAAUUAUUGUACGACGAAGAAAUAGAUAAAUUGAUAGAAUGGUUACGUUAUACGCCUCAUUUACCGAAUGUUACAGACCGAGCAUGGUUGAGAAAUUGUUUUAUUGGAAGAAAACUUCGUAUAGAGAGAACUAAAGAAUCUUUAGAUGGCUAUUUUUGCUGUAGAGCACUAAUAAACGAAUUUUUUGGCGUCCGCGAUCCUCUCGGAGAUGACGUCCAGACAGCAAUGCGAAAAACAUGGUUCGGAUUUUCGACAAAUUUAACAGAAGAUGGUUAUCAAGUUAUAGUGACAAAAAAUAUCACCGAUGAAGAUGUCCCCGGUAGAUUUUUGGAUCAAUGGACGAAAUAUUUUUACAUGUGCAUUGAUUGGAACUUAAAGCGAACUACAGUAAAUGGUGUGAUAAUGAUAUAUGACAUGGCUACAACAAACAAGAAUGAAUUACUCACUCAAGUAACUCCUAGUUUUCUCAGAAAAUCUCUGCACUGCUCGACAUAUUUUCCAUACAAACUCAUACAAGUUCACUUUAUAAAUGUGCCGUCAUAUGCAGCUGUAAUUUUUAACAUUUUAAAAUCAUUGGUUCCAAAAAAAAUACAAUCACGUAUAUUCAUGCAUAAUGAUCCAACAGAUGUCAUACAACACAUCCCGAAAGAAUGCGUUCCUUCAGAUUUAGGUGGUUAUGAUAAAUCUAUCCAAGAAUUGGGUGAAUUUACCAAAAAUAAUAUAUUAGCAGAAAGUGAAUUAUUUAUGAAUGGAUUACUUUCUUUGAAAGCAGACAUGGAAAAAAAACCAACAGAUAAAAACAGCAAUGAACAAUCAGAACUUUUCGGGUUCGAUGGAAAUUUUAAACAAUUGAAUAUUGAUUAA